AUGAAAUCAUCAUCAUUAUUAUUAUCAACAAAGCACCAAUCAACACCAAUUCCAUCAACAAGUCGUGGAGUGAAUAUUGUCCCUUCUGUACAUAGCGUUCGUCCAGGUCAACAUUUUGUGACUGUUCACACACUGAGAAAACAUGUUCUCACCGUCACUAUCGAUUCAAAGACUCGAGUACAUGAUGUUUUGUGGGCAUGUGGAGAACAAUUACAAGUGAAUGAUGAUCGAUUCUUUGGAUUAGCAUUGCGGUCACCAUCUGAAGGAAUUGGCGGUGAUCAACCCCGCAACGAAUAUUUCUUUUUGGAUCCAGCGCACAAAAUUUUCAAAUAUUCUCCGACAAAACAAUCUCGAUUUGCACAAUGGACAUCUUCAUCUUCAUCUCGUGCUGAUAAUCGUCCAUUUCUUGUUCUUUACUAUCGAGUUCGGGUUUAUAUUGAUGAAGUGAGAUUGAUCACAUGUCAACGAGCUCUCGAACAUUAUUAUACUCAAUUACGAGAAAAUCUAUUGGAUCAAUGGUCAACAAAGGGUACGGUAGCUGAAGAAAGAAUAUGGGAAAUGGCUGCAUUGGCAUUAAGAGCUGACAAGGAAAAUAAUGAUUUCAAUGGAUAUUUCCGUGCUGAGCAAUAUUUUCCGUUAUGGGUGAUUAAUGAAAGAGGAUUGGAAUAUAUCAGAAAACAUAUGCCUGCAGCAAUGAUUGAUCUUCAAGAGAAAAAUCGACAAGAAGCAAUGACACAAUUUUGUGUGGAAGCAAGCAGAAGUCCUUUUGCUUUGAAUUGUCAUCUUUAUGGGUUGAGAAGACACAAAAUGGAUUCAAGAGAUAAUGCAGUCAUUGGUGUCACUGCACUUGGAAUCGAGAUUUGUGAUGUGAUUGAAAGCGGUGAAAGAAUUCCAUUGAGACUUUUUCCUUGGGGACGAGUGACAAAGCUGCAAUUUGACUGUAAACGCAUUUCCAUCAAUUCGAUGAAUGGUGAAAAUGUGGUUUUGUAUGCACAAAAUGAAAGCAAAGCGAGGUAUCUCUUGGAUCUUUGUCGAGCCGUUCAUCAAUGUCUGCUGGUUGUUCAACAUUCAACGGCCGGUCCACGACAACUUCCAAAUGCAAUUAAAGAGAAAAGUGUUGAUGGAACUGAUCGGCAAAGUGAGAUGAGCAACAGUACAACAAGUGGAGUGAUCUCUGAUAGACAAAGUCAAACAGAUCGGCAGUCGACAACGAGAAGAAAUACAGAAGAUUUGAGACAAGUCAUUGAUGCUGAUUUCGAUUCACUGAGACAUUCCCUUUCAACAACGGCUUCAGAAAGAAGUGAUAGAAGUCGACUGGAAACUGAAAGGAAAAAACGAAGAGUCGGAAAAGGACGAAUUGUAAUGCCCGUGGAAACUAUAACAACUGAAAUUGUGAAAAAUGAACAAGAAACAAAUGAAGAAAAGGAUGAUACUCUGAAAGCUGAUGUGAAUUGGCAAGAAGAGAUGGCAGAAUGGGAGAAAAGAGACCAGCAAAGAAAUGGGAAACAAAAUGGAGAAGCUGAAGAAGAUGAUGAUAAUGAGGAGGAUAACGAUCAAGAAGAAAAAGAAGAAGAAGAAGAAGAGGAAGUGAUUGGGGAUGAUGAAGAGAGAAUAUCAUUGGAAUCAUCUCGAAGAUCGAUCAGUAGAGAAAGUGCACAGUCCAUGAGGGGAAUGAACUCUUGUGCUGUACAAACAGAAUCACCAAUGUUUUCCCAUGAAAUAUCCCAUCGAAUGAGUCCACUUCCAAGUCGUCCUCUUGAUCCACAUUACUCUACUUAUCCAAGCUAUUUGAGCUCACAGAGUCCUCCACCAAGAUCUUUUGAAUACUCCAAUUACCCAUCAUCAUCAUCGGGUAUUCAAACGGGCAAAAAUUCAUUCGAUCUCUUGACGGAUAUCCCGCGAUCUUUUCAGUAUGAACCAUCAUUGAACGAUUCAACAACAACAGCUCAAUCAUCUUCUUUGAUCGACUCAAAUCGAGAACCUACUUCACUCAUUUCGUCCAGUUCAUCGAAUCGAAAUCGAUCAGCAAAUCCCCCUGCGUAUUUUGAUGCUCUUGCUCAGCAAAAGAACCUUCAUCAACACGAUCAAUUACCCCAUCGUCAUCCAUCAACAUCAUCUUCUCCACGACCUCGUUGGUCAACAGGGCCUGUCUCUCCUGAACAAGUCAGACAAUCUGUCGCUGCAAUUCCAAACUAUUUGAUUAACACAAAUAGCGAAUCGAGAAUUGAUGCUAUUGAGAUGUUUUCAAUGAAUGGAACUCCAUCAAUGAGUUCUCAUCAAAUAGACCAAGGAAUACCUCGCGGAAAUGCUGGUGGAAGAUUUGCAAAGAGACCCUCAAGACACAACAAUACGGCAAUUUCAAGAGUUCAAUCAAUGCCACCACAUUACCAUAUCAAUCAUCAUCAAAAUCAACAACAAUCCCAUCAAACUCCAUCUCUUCAGGGAUCAGCCAAUCAAACAAUCAUUCAGCCAUUGAUAUAUCGAACUCCACUCGAACAAACGAUGAUUGGAAUUCCGGGAGCGGGUUUAUCUCAAUCUGCGUCAUCACUUUACCCACUUCAUGGAGAUGGAUAUCUGAAUGGAAAUGGAGGGGGAGCACAUUUAGCAGCAUCUCAGCCACAACUCAAUUCUCAUCAAUUGCCAAAUCGAACAGAAAUUGGAGUGAAUCGUAUGAAAUGUGCAAGAGAUCCACCAUCCUAUGAAAGAGCGACUUCACACAUUCUUCACAACUUCCCAACGCAAGCUCUGCAAUUACAGCGUUGUGGUGUGGCAUCAGAGGCUCGAGGUCAGCCUUCUUUCCCUCCACCCUCAAUCACUUCAUCGCAAUUUGCUCCACCUGCCACAAAUCAUUCAACGGGAGAAAUUGUCGAUUCAAAUCGAUUCCAAGAUUUACCUAUGUUGAGAGCAUUAUGGGCUGAAUCACAACAAACCAGGACAUCACUUGAAUCAUCCACAUCAUCAUCGUCAACUGCAUCUCAUCAAUCAGAGAUAAUGCAUAGAGGAUCACCUCCUCUUUUGACCAAUAACCAUAAUCAAAGGUUAGAGAACAUCGGUCCCUCAACUCGUCGCCCAAUUUCAAUGGUCGAUCUUUCACAGGCAGAUCCAAUGUUACUCCUUUAUCCAAAUGCUAUUCAGAGUGGUUCUUACGUUCUCGAUUCGGGUUUUACCCAGGCUGGCUUCUCAACUGGCCCUAAACAAGGCUACAACAUGAGUUGGUCAUCAAAUGGUCGCGUAGUUGACCUUCCCCCACCACCGCCAUAUCCAGAGACAUCACGACAAAAACCACCAAUGGUCGUGAUG